AUGUCGGAAACACCCCUCGGAGUACCAAGCCCGGGUCGCGAACCACCGUUGCGGCACAAGCCGCGCGACGCGCCUCUCACCGCUCCGGAUGCGGACGCAACCUCGGCAACAGCCAUCAAAGGAGACGGGUUAGCCGACAAAUAUGUCGACCCCGGCACCGGGUCCCUGAUGACCUCCCUUGCCAUUCGGACGCGGUCAGCGUCUGGUGAGGUCAAGCGUUGCAAUGCCGUUUCACAGAGCCCCUUCUUCGAGGUCCUUACACCCGACCUGCGGUACUACAUAUAUCAGCUUGCCUUCGGCCGCAAAAUCCUCCAUCUCUAUCUCCUGUACCGACGCAGCCUUCAGCCAGAUGUACGAUGGCGGAAAGGCCAUCAGCCUGUGCCGGCCUGGUACCCGCACUCACCAGGCGUAUCGCCCAUGGACCCGCCUUUCGCAGAUGCCAGCAUGACGCCGCAGUGGUACUGGUGGAGCUGCGUGUGUGGCCCGGAGGACCGGCGACUCGACACCAAGCUGUCCGAUCAGUGUCCUAGAGGGUUCUUCCAGACAUGCGGCCCCAAGGAGACGUACCUGGGUAUCCUACCAUGGCUGCUGACAUGUCGGCAAGCGUACGAAGAGACGAUCAAGGUCUUGUACGCUAGCAACACGUUCAAGUUUGAGCAGAGACUGGAGGCCAUGUACUUUCCAUACGCCAUAGCGACGCCGCAGCUAAACUGGAUCACGUCCCUGGAGGUUCGUAUACCGGAUCGCGACGAGUCCCUUGUCGACCGAUCGCUGGACAAGGCCCCGCGACCGUCGGUGGGUGCGCCUUGUAUCAGCAACCUCCGGGCUUUGAGUCCCCGCAACCAAUAUCUCGGCAUCGUCAACAGUAUCGCGCCUACCUUCCCCGCCCUGCGCCGACUGCACAUCUCCUUUGAGGGCUCCGUCCGGCGGGUCCCGGUACCACGGCCAAACGUGACGACGCUUCUCAUCUCCACCCUUGGCGAGGUCGACGCGGAUGAGCUCGAGUCGCUUGUGCUGGGUCCCAUUGAUGCUAUGCCCAAGGAAAUUGAGAAGCAGAUCCUGUUCUACCAGUCAUUGUAUACGGCACUGCUGACCACCGAGAGCCAAAAGGGCGAGGUCAAGGAGGUUGAGCAUCUGCGAAGCGAUGGGCGUCCUGGAUGGACCAAGUUUUGGCGUUCGUUAGAGACCGAAAAGAACGGCAAGGCAGGAUACUGGGUCUGCAAGCAUGGUUAA